CUUGAAUCCUCUGAAUAAACAAGCUCUUCUCCCCCCUCACUCUCUCGCUCUCGCUCGAUCCUCUCUCUCUGCCUUUGCCGAUCGUGGUAAGGGCAGAGGGAGGGAGAGAGCGGCGGCGGCGACGCCGAAAACAUUCUUCAGGCAGGGCGAGAAGGUCGUCGGCCAUGUCAACGACCUUCUCGGACUUCGAUCCGAUCACUGAGCGCCGCCAUGUCGAGAGGCAGAGGCAAGAGCGCAGGCGCGUCAUGGUUGCAGCCGGCGCCGCGUCGGUCAUUCUUAUCAUCAUCGUCAUGGGCGGCGCGGCCGUCGCCUACAACGCGAGCUUCGGUGAUGGUGGCUCCUCUUCCUCCUCCGGUUCAGCGUCAGGUGGCGGCGCGCAGCCCAGCCUGCACGGCGUGUCCAAGAUCAUCAAGGCGAUGUGCGCGCAGACGGACUACAAGGACACCUGCGAGAAGAGCCUCGCCAAGGCCGCCGCGAACGCCAGCGCGUCGUCGUCGUCGUCGUCGCCCAAGGACGUCGUGCGCGCCUCCGUGGCCGUGAUCGGCGACGCCAUCGAGAAGGCGUUCGACAAGUCGAGCGUGAUCGUCAGCGACGACCCGCGGGUCAAGGCCGCCGUCGCGGAUUGCAAGGAGAUCUACGAGAACGCGAAGGACGACCUCGACCGCACUCUCGCAGGCAUCGACGCCGGCGGCGUGGACGGGCUCACCAAGGGCGGGUACCAGCUCCGCGUGUGGCUGAGCGCGGUGAUCGCGCACCAGGAGACGUGCAUCGACGGCUUCCCCGACGGCGACCUCAAGGACAAGAUGAGGGACGCCAUGGAGUCCGGCAAGGAGCUGACGAGCAACGCGCUGGCCCUCAUCGGGAAGGCGUCCUCGUUCCUCGCCGCGCUCCACCUCCCAGCGUCUUCGGCGGCCAGCCACCGGCGGCUUCUCAGCUUCGCCUUCGAUGAGGACGUCACAAAGCAGCCCGAAGUGAACCGUUCGUCCGGGAACAGCCUCCGGCGGCUUCUCAGCUUCGCCUUCGAUGAGGACGCCACGAAGCAGCCCGAAGUGAACCGUUCGUCCGGGAACAGCCUCCGGCGACUUCUCAGCUUCGCCUUCGACGAGAACGCCCCAAAGCAGCCCAAAGGGAACGACGACGACGUCCUGGUCUGGGUGAACCGGCAGGAGAGGAGGCUGCUCAAGGCCAAGUUCCAGAACAAGCUCAAGCCCAACGUCGUCGUGGCCAAGGACGGCAGCGGCAAGUUCAAGACCAUCAACGACGCGCUCGCCGCCAUGCCCAAGAAGUACACCGGAAGGUACGUGAUCUACGUGAAGGAAGGGGUGUACGAGGAGUACGUGACGAUCACCAAGAAGAUGGCGAACGUGACCAUGUACGGCGACGGCGCCAAGAAGACCAUCAUCACCGGCAACCGGAACUUCGUCGACGGCCUCACCACCUACAAGACGGCGACCUUCAACGCGCAGGGCGACGGGUUCAUGGGCGUCGCGCUGGGUUUCCGGAACACGGCCCGCGCGGCGAAGCACCAGGCGGUGGCGCUGCUGGUGCAGUCGGACAAGUCCAUCUUCCUCAACUGCCGCAUGGAGGGGCACCAGGACACGCUCUACGCGCACUCCAAGGCGCAGUUCUACCGCAACUGCGUCAUCUCCGGCACCGUCGACUUCAUCUUCGGCGACGCCGCGGCGGUGUUCCAGAACUGCGUCAUCGUGCUCCGCCGCCCGCUCGACAACCAGCAGAACAUCGCCACGGCGCAGGGCCGCGCCGACCGCCGCGAGGCCACCGGCUUCGUGCUCCAGCACUACCGCUUCGCCGCCGAGUCGGCGCUCGGCGACGCCUCCCGCCCCGCCGUCCGCAGCUACCUCGCACGCCCGUGGCGCGAGUACUCGCGCACGCUCAUCAUGAACUCCGACAUCCCCGCCUUCGUAGACAAGGCCGGCUACCUCCCGUGGAGCGGCGACUUCGGGCUCAAGACGCUCUGGUACGCGGAGUACGGGAACAAGGGCGCCGGCGCCGCCACCGCCGGCCGCGUCAGCUGGCCGGGGUACAAGAAGGUGAUCAGCAAGAAGGAGGCCACCAAGUUCACCGUGCAGAACUUCUUGCACGCCGAGCCAUGGAUCAAGCCGACCGGCACGCCGGUGAAGUACGGCAUGUGGGCGUGAAAAAUAUUUGUGCAGACACCCGGGCACCUGCAUGCGUGCGCCAUGUACAUAUGCUUUCGAGAGGAGACGGUCCAAUGUGAAUAUCUGAUACCUGCCUGUUUCAUGUACAUUCUGUGUGAUUUUUACUUGUGCGCCGUGCAUGCACAUUUCAA